UGGCUGUGCGCCAUCAUGUAGGCACAGGAACAGAGAGAUGGCAUGGCGACAAAUUCUUGAGGCGUUAAGGCGUCUGUAUGAUGAUCUGCACCCAAACUUUAAAUAUUUGAACCGUCUCAAGCAGUGCGGCCAGAACGAACGUCCUCGGAUGCCAUAUCAUCACUCGAUCACGCAACACAAGCCCUCAUACACAGUUGAAUAAGAAAGAGCAAUCGGCCAUCGCUACUCGUGUCAGCACUCAAAUUUUCAUACAGCAAACACCAUGUUCGACUGGUUCUUCGGCAAGAGCUUUACACCUGAAAAGGACAUACCUGAUCUCUCCGGGAAAGUGAUCCUGAUCACGGGCGGAAACAUUGGUCUCGGCAAAGAGGCCGUCUUGCAGCUCGCAAAGCACAAUCCACAAGAAAUUUUCCUGGCCGCAAGAACGCAGUCGAAAGCGGAAGAUGCCAUUGCGGACAUCAAGACGCGCGUGCCCAACGCCAAAAUCUCCUACAUCAAGCUUGAUCUGACAUCUCUUGCUUCGGUCAAAGAUGCAGCGGAGGAGUUCAAGGCUCGCUCCGAUCGCCUUGAUAUUUUGAUCAACAAUGCUGGCAUCAUGGCAGUUCCAUAUUCCAAGACAAAGGAUGGCUACGAGAUCCAGUUUGGCACAAACCACAUUGGCCACGCGCUUCUCACCAAGCUCUUGCUCCCGACACUUCUCAAGACUGCCGAUCAGCCUGGCUCUGAUGUACGAAUUGUCAACGUGUCCUCGAUAGGCCACAUGAUAGCGCCCGGUAUUAUUUACGACCAGGAUGCCUUGGAGUCCUAUGCGACCCUCCGGCGGUACGGUCAGUCAAAGCUCUCGAACUUGCUUCACGCGCGAGAAUUGCAGCGUCGCUACCCACAAAUCACGGCAACUUCAGUCCAUCCGGGAGUGAUCUUAACAGAUUUGUACGCUAGCCAAAAACAGUCGAGCAUCUUUGCCCGGUUUGGUCUGCCACUGAUCAAGCCCCUCACACUCGACGUGCCAGGAGGGGCGAAGAAUGAACUGUGGGCCGCUACAGCAGACAAGAAAGAGGUCGGAAGCAGUUACUACUGGACGCCGGUUGGCAUUAAGAGCGGAGGAAGCUUUUGGCAUGCGCAGAAGCCGCAGUUGGCGAAGGAAUUGUGGGACUGGACUGAGAACGAGCUUGAGACUCAAUUGAAGAAGCUCAGCUGAGCGUGUCCAUGCGGUCGAGCGUUGAUAGUUAGUUGAUAGAGGUCGCCAGCUUCCAUGUACAUAUUUUUAUUCAUGUUAUGCGGUA